UCCCCGUCAAUUGGCAUGAAAAAUGAGGAAAAUUAAUAAAAAUGCAUGUGUGGAAACAUUGUCCCACAUUCUCCCCACCUGUGGGACUGUCACUGUCAAAGCAGAGUGGUGAAUAAGAAAUCCUGCGGAAUUGGCGUGUUUUUCUGCCAAAACAACAAAUUUUCUUCAUUUUGCGUUCUAAUUUCAUUGCGAAAGUGUGAAAAGUUUCUUUCAUUGUGAAAUCCAAUUGAUAGGAAAGUGAAAAGGUGCGAAGGGAAAGUGGAAAAUACGGAAAUGGCAGCGCCAAUUGAAAUCCCUCUUCGGGAUACCGAUGAGGUAAUUGAGCUGUAUCCUGAACAACUCCCGGAUUGUGAGGAAGUUUUGGGGAUUCUCAAACAGGAGAGAUCACAACUAAAUACCUGGGUGACUGUUGCGCUUGCGUACUACAAAUUGAACAAGACAGAUGACUUCAUUAAGAUCCUGGAGACAGCCCGCGUGGAGGCAAAUAUUGACUAUCGUGACUUUGAGAAGGAUCAAAUGCGUGCCUACGACAUGCUGGCAGCUUACUACGUCCAAGAGGCGAACCGGGAAAAGGCCAAGGAUAAGAAGAGGGAGCUCUUCAUGAAGGCAACGCAUCUCUACACAACAGCUGAUAAGAUUAUCAUGUAUGAUCAGAAUCAUUUGCUCGGAAGGGCUUAUUUUUGCCUCCUUGAGGGUGAUAAGAUGGAACAGGCUGAGAAUCAAUUCAAUUUCGUCCUGAAUCAGUCUCAAUCAAACAUCCCUUCGUUGCUGGGGAAGGCGUGCAUUGCGUUCAAUAAGAAGGACUAUCGUGGCGCUCUGGCAUUCUACAAGAAAGCCUUGAGAACGAAUCCAAAUUGUCCAGCAGCUGUUCGCCUGGGGCUUGGGCAUUGUUUCCUCAAGAUGAACAACUUUGAAAAGGCGAAAUUGGCCUUUCAGCGUGCCCUGAGCCUCGAUCCACAGUGUGUGGGGGCUCUUGUGGGCUUAGCCAUUCUCAAAUUGAACCUCCACGAACCCGAAUCCAAUCGUCAGGGUGUCCAGAUGCUCUCGAAAGCCUACACAAUUGACUCAAAGAACCCCAUGGUACUCAAUCACCUGGCCAAUCAUUUCUUCUUCAAGAAGGACUACCAGAAAGUCCAGCACUUGGCCCUGCAUGCCUUCCACGACACUGAGAACGAAGCAAUGCGCGCCGAGAGUUGCUACCAACUCGCACGAGCCUUCCACGUGCAACGGGACUACGAUCAGGCCUUCCAGUACUACUAUCAAUCCACUCAGUACGCUCCGUCAAACUUUGUCCUGCCGCACUUUGGCCUAGGGCAGAUGUACAUCUAUCGUGGGGAUACGGAGAAUGCAGCUCAGUGCUUCGAGAAGGUGCUGAAGAUUCAGCCCGGGAAUUAUGAGACAAUGAAGAUUCUCGGCUCUCUCUAUGCCAAUUCCACGUCUCAGUCGAAGAGGGAUAUCGCCAAGCAGCACCUGAAGAAGGUAACGGAACAAUUUCCGGAUGAUGUUGAGGCGUGGAUUGAAUUGGCGCAGAUUCUGGAGCAAAAUGACCCUCAGGCUUCACUCAAUGCCUACCGCACGGCAACGAAUAUUCUCACGGAGAAGGUUAAAGCUGAGAUUCCUCCGGAAAUCCUCAAUAAUGUCGGCGCCCUGCAUUACCGACUCAAUAAUCUCGAUGCAGCUCUGCAGAAGCUCGAAGGAGCGCUCGAAAGGACAAAGAUUGAAGCUCAGGAGGAUCCACAGUACUACCAUUCAAUUUCCGUCACAAUGACGUACAACCUGGCGCGUCUGUACGAGGCAAUGUGUUGCUUCGACAAGGCAGACAAGCUGUACAAGGACAUCCUCAAGGAGCACCCGAAUUACAUUGAUUGCUACCUGAGAUUGGGAUGCAUGGCACGGGACAAGGGGCUCAUCUUCGUGGCGUCGGAUUUCUUCAAGGAUGCCCUGAAAAUCAACACGGGGAAUCCCGAUACACGCUCCCUCCUUGGGAACCUUCACCUGGCCAAGAUGCAGUGGACACUGGGGCAGCAGAACUUUGAGACAAUCCUCAAGAAUCCCGCCACGGCAACAGACGCCUACUCCCUCAUUGCCAUGGGGAACUUCUGGCUGCAGAGCCUCCAUCAGCCAAUCAAGGACAAGGACAAGGAGAAGAAGCACCAGGAGAAGGCGCUGUCAAUGUACAAGCAAGUCCUCCGGAAUGAUCCGCGGAAUAUCUGGGCAGCUAAUGGCAUUGGGGCCGUCCUGGCGCACAAGGGGUGCAUCAUUGAGGCGCGAGACAUCUUCGCGCAAGUCCGGGAGGCAACGGCGGAGUUCUCGGAUGUCUGGCUCAACAUUGCCCACAUCUACGUGGAGCAGAAGCAGUACAUCAGUGCCAUUCAGAUGUACGAGAAUUGCCUGAAGAAGUUCUAUCGGCAUCACAAUGUGGAGGUGCUGCAGUACCUCGCACGCGCCUACUUCCGUGCCGGGAAGCUGCGAGAGGCCAAAUUGACCCUUCUAAGGGCACGCAGGGUGGCUCCGCAGGACACAGUGUUGCUCUUCAACAUCGCCAUGGUCCUCCAGAGACUCGCCAUGUUUAUCCUGCGCGAUGAGAAGUCCACACUGGCUGUCGUCCUCCAGGCUGUCCACGAACUCGGGUUGGCGCACAAGUAUUUCACCUAUUUAUCUGUCCAUGGAGACAAAACGAGGUACAACGUGGCAUUUGCAGCUGCUGAAGCUGGGCAGUGUCAGGAUUUACUGUCGCAGGCGCAGUACCACGUCUCGCGGGCACGACGAAUUGACGAGGAGGAGCGUUCGCUGAAGCAGAAGCAGGAGGAGGAGAGGAAUGCCUUCAAGAUGCGCCAGGAGGAGGAACGCCGGAGGAUGGAGGAGAUGCGGCAUAAGAAUAAGGAGGAGAUGCUGAUUAAGAGGCAGGAGUACAAGGAGAAGACCAAGAAUGCCCUCAUGUUCAUGGAGAGUAUGUCGGAGCCGAAGAAGAAGAGCGGACGUGGACGACGGGAUGACUACAUUUCCGAUUCAGGUGGCAGUGAUUCACCAUCAGGACGUCCUGAGGGUGCUGGACAGGAUGGCCCGUCGACUCAGAGGAAGCGGAAGAGGGAUAAAGGGGGUGGCGCGAGGAAGCGCCGUGAGAAGGGACACCGGAAGGGUGGUUCGGGUUCGGAAAGUGAUGCUCCGAGAUCGAAGAGGAACAAGAAGGCUGAAGCGAAGGCGAAGAAGGGUCAAACUGAUAGGUUAUCGUCGAAACAGAAGAGCAGGAUUGUGUCCAAGGCUACAAUAUCGACGAGUGAGUCCGAUAGUGACACCAAUGAGAAGCGCAGCAGGAGCCGUAGUCCUGCUCGACGUGGGAGACGCAUCUCAUCGGGAAGUGAUCGUUCGGGGAGUCGAAAAUCACGCUCAGGAUCACGAUCCAGUGGGGCAUCUCGGCGUUCCUCCAAGGCAUCCAGUCGUUCACGAUCCGGGUCACGUUCACGCAGUGGCUCACGCUCCGGGAGUGCUUCACGGAGUGUCUCACGCAGCCGAUCCCGCAGUAGGGCAUCAUCGAAGGGAUCCCGAAGAUCACGAAGUGGAUCACGCUCCGGGUCAGAGAAAUCCCGCUCACGCUCAAAGAGUGGCUCUAGGUCGAGGUCAGGAUCACGAUCGGCAUCCGGGAGUCGCUCAAGAUCUCGUAGUCGCUCCAAAUCAGGCUCCCGCAGUCGUUCGGGUUCCCGGAGUCGCUCCAAAUCGGGCUCUCGCAGCCGAAGUGGCUCCCGGUCGGGUUCUGGAGAUGAAGGAGCCGCCUAAGGGUGCUAUGUUGGUAAUUUACAUAGACCCUGGUGAGCUGGAAUUUGUUCAUAAAAGGAAAAUUUUAUCUUUGAUUGAAAAAAUGAAUAAAAAUCAUGAAAAAUGCAAAGAAAAAA